AGUUAUCACGCGAUUUAUUCUCGGCGAAUGAACUUGACGUUUAACAACAAAUAACAAUACAAAUUUAUUAUUAAGUUGUAUUAAUUAGAAUGCAUAAUCUUUUUGAUUAAAAGAAAUCUUGAGAUGAGCAAGUCAAAGUCGUCGGCCAAUGUGGAAAAGCAGGAUAUCCUGCAAGCAGUAGUGGUAGCCAGUUUCUUUCAUAAUAACUUCAGGCCAGCAUGUGAAAAAGACUCGUGCCUUAUUCCUUUGGUAAAUAAACCGUUGUUGUACUACACAUUGGACUUGCUCGAGUCAUCUGGCAUUAAAGAUGUUAUCAUAUUUUGUACGAGUGAGGCCGAUCGCAUCAAAUCGUUUGUUAAAAAUUCUCAUUUCCAUCUUCUCGAUAUCGUCUACACUACUUCGGACACGUGUGGCUCGCUUGGCGACGUACUCCGACAUCUGGAUGCUUGUGCUUUGAUAAGAAAUGACUUUAUUUUACUUUGGGGUAAUGUAGUUGGGAUGUUGUCUCUAUUGCCGUUAGUAAAUCAUUUUAAAAACUUACGCAAUAAAGACAAAGGGGCUGCAAUGACUCUUAUUUACCAGCAAGGCGAUACGGAUAGUGGUCAGACAUUGGUUUUGAGUUCAAGUUCAAAAAGAGUCCUAUUUCACAACAAGAGUAAAGGCAAAUUACAUUUACCCGUAGAGUUAGUACUUAACGAUAAUGUGGAAAUAAGAAGAGAUCUGUUAGAAACAAAUAUUGCAAUUUGUUCUACAGCAGUUCCGCCUUUAUUUGCAGAUAACUUUGAUUUUCAAACCAAAGACGACUUUAUAAAGGGAUUAUUAAUCAAUGAAGAAAUACUGAAUAGUACUCUUUACGUUCACAUUAUAAACAAUGGAUAUGUAAGUGAAGUCGAUGAUUGGCCUUCUUACCAAAAAGUAAGUCAUGACAUUUUACAUCGAUGGAGUUACCCACAAGUACCCGAAGUCAUUGAUAAAUAUGACUUAAGGUAUGGUAAUAUUUAUUAUGGUGAAAACUUGAAAUUGGCCUUGACUUGUAAAAUUAACAGUAAUAGUGUUAUAGGCGCCAACUCAAAAUUAGGUUCAGAUACACAAAUAUUCAAAAGUAUUAUAGGUAAAAACUGUACUAUUGGCAAUAACGUCGUUAUAGAGAACUCAUACUUGUUCAGUGGUACUAAGAUUAAAGAUAACUGUGUUAUCAAAUUUUCCGUUAUUGGAGAAAAUAAUGUUAUUGGCGAGAAUAGCUCUCUAUCAGAUGGCUGCGUCCUAAGCAAAAACGUUGUUAUUGAACCAAAUUCAUCAUUACAACAAACUCGAUUGACUAGUAACAAUAUUAACAAUAAAUUGAAAAAACUAGGCUCGAAAGCAUUUGUAUACAAUGGUGAAGAUGAUUCAGACUCCGACGAGGAAGAAAUAACUGGCUUGAUGUACCGCACUCGUUCUUUGUCGAUCGUUAGUUCUUCGUCGUCUGAAAAUGAUUCUGUCUCAGUUGCAGGAUCUAUACCCGACGACACAUGUAUGUUCUACUCAGAGGUCGUUGACUCGUUAAUCAGAGGAUUUGAAGAUCACGUUCACUGUGACAAUUUAAUAUUAGAAAUUAAUUCAUCACGCUAUGCAUAUAAUAUUAAUUAUAGAGAAGCCAAUUUCCAAGUAAUUCGAGCCAUGUUAACGUUAAACAGUAAAGCCGAGCUAGAAGCACUUAACCAAGUGCGAUACUAUUCUCAGUUACAAUCUAAACUUAAUUACUUUUUGCCACUUCUCAAAAACUAUAUUAAAAAUGUUGAUUCCUGUGAAGACUGUCUGUUAGCUAUCGAAGACGCAGCUAAAGGAGAAGAAAUGUUGAAUUCAGUAGUGGUCAAAGUUAUACAUCAUUUAUACGAGACAAAUGUACUUAGCGAGGAGUCUAUACUCAAGUGGCAUGAACAAAAUGACACCGAUCCUUUUGGAAAGAACAUAAGAGAAAAAACAUCUAAACUCGUCGAAUGGUUAAAAGAGGCUGAAGAAGAAACAGACUCUGGUGAAGAUGACAGCGAAUAGAAUGUUCAAAUUAAGCAUUACAUUUCUUUUUUCCAACAUGAUUUAUAUAAAUAUAUAAUAAUUUAUUUUUACAAAAAUGUAUUCAUCAUUUCAUUUGAUAUUCUUAACACAUAAUAGGUCAAAACAACAUGUUAUAAGUAUAUAUAAAAUUAGUUCGUUAUACAGUUGCAUUAACAAAAGUUUAUAUGAUAAAAAAUUGAU